CUCAGCUGACCGGGCCGGGGCCCUCCAGCUUGGCGUUCGACCUCAGCCGCUUCACGCCCAGUACUGCUCAGGACACGCUCAGCCGUCGCGCGCCGCCGCGCCGCGCCAGCUGCCCCAUCUGCGGCAGAUGGUUUCAGAAGGGCUCCCACCUACGCGAACACGUGGCCAGCAUCCACUACCCGGUGCCGUCGAGCUGUGAGCUUUGCGGCAAGCUGCUGCGCUCCAAGGCGUCGCUGCGCACACAUCGCAUCAAGUACCACCGGCGUGGCGAGCAGUUGGCGGCCGAGAAGGCCGAGCGGCCACGGUCGCGCGGCGUCCUGCCUGCUGCCGACGGCCUGCUGUAGCCCGGGCGUCGGGCCGGGCGCGCCGGCCAGCCCCUCCCCCAAUACUCGCGCGCUCGGUCGGCCGGGCGGCUGGGCCCCGCGGCGGACGUGCGCACGUGGCGGCCGUGUGGGCCGCCUGUCUCAGGGUUCGGACUGGACGCGUCGCACCGCCGCCGGCCCGCCUGGGCGGGGUGCGGCCGGGCGUGGCGCGCGGGCGGCGGCCGCGGCUCGCUCCCCCCGCCGCCGGCGCCGGCGGGGCCGGCUCUCGGGAAUCUCAUGCGGUGCAGUAUUGUGAGUGCCAAUCUGUUGAGAUAUACUCGGUAGUCUAGCGCGCGGUGAGGGAUGCGAUGUGUUCAUCGGUGGUAUUUUGUAAGUGGUUUUGUACGGAGGCUCAGGCCGAAAGCGCUGUGAAACGUGUGAGAUUUUCUCAUGCCGACUGUACUUGCCCGGAUAAAAUGACAUUCCACGAUAUUAUUUUGCUAGGUUGUGGCACGGAUCCAAUAUAGGCACUUGUCCGUAA